UCCCGCGGCGACGGAGCCGAGCCGCGUCGCCACCCGCCCGCCCGACGGUGCCGCGGCGACACCAUGCAGCCGCGGCUUUGGCUGUUCCUGGCCGCGCAGCUGGCGGCUCUCCAUGGCGGCUCUGCCUUCCAACAGACCCCUGGGUUCACGGUGGCUCUGACCCACCAAGUGGUGACACUGUCCUGUAAGACCACAACCUCCUUGAGCCAAGUGCGUGUCUUCUGGCUGCGACAGCCUCAGCUCCCCAGCGAGCACAGUUGGUACCAGUUCCUGGCCUCCUGGCAUCCCCCAAAAGAGACGACGUAUGGAGAGGCAGUGGCCAAGGAGAAGCUGACUCCGUUCUCAAAUGCCACCGGGCACUUUCUCAACCUCACGAACGUGAGGCCUGCGGACAGUGGCGUCUACUUCUGCAUGACUGUCGGGGCCCCUGAGCUGACCUUCGGGAAGGGAACUCGGCUGAGUGUGGUCGAUGCUCUUCCCACCACUGCCCAGCCCACCAGUAAGUCCAUCCCCAAGAAAAGAACCUGCCAGCGCCCUAAGCUGACAGCCCAGAAGGCAGCACAUCGGCCACGUAAAGAACCAAGAGCCGAUAGGUGCCCUGGCUGGACCUUGGAACUGCUACACAGUGGAAGAGGCCAGUCCCAGAAGGCCACGUGCUACACGGUGCCCUGCUAUGAAAUGUGCAGGUGGCACUCCAUAGGAACAGAGGGCGGGUCUGCCCUGUGGCAUUGUCACCCUCAGCCUGCUGGUGGCCGGCAUCCUGGUCCUGCUGGUGUCCCUGGGCGUGGCCGUCCACCUAUACUGUCUUCAGAGGAGAACCCGGCUUCGCUUCAUAAAACAGUUUUACAAGUGAGCAGACUGCACCAACAUGAGGAGACAGACAUCGGUCAGCAAUAGUCCACACAAGUGGGAGAGGGACAUUCUUGCUGACCACCACAUUCUUGAUGACCACCCUCUUGAGCCACCCGCUUUUAACUACAGCAAGUUCUUUCUUCAGGCCUCGCAUGUGGGAGCAGCUUGUGAGGACCCAGGCCCCGGGUCCCCACCGAGCUGGCCGGGCACUCAGCAACACCACCAAGGCACCUCUUCUGGCUCCUGCCUCCCCCGCCUGGGCUUUGGUGGGGCCCAGUAAGCCACCAUUGCUGCCGCUUGCUUUUCCUGGCAGAGUGGUGACAUUGGCUCCUGAGGCUCGUGGAAUGGAGUUGGGAUGGCCUCCUGUGCGUUCCCAGGCCAAGGCCGAUGUCCUCCCUGCCCUCAUGGUGGGAGGCCAGCUAUGUCGAAGGCUCCCGGCAGCCCUGUUGGUCUCUGAGGCCUUCCCCUCUACAAGGGAGUUUCUCAGGCUCAUGUCUCCUCUCCCAUGGCUUGUUUAUUUCUUCUCUUACUCUCUGCCCUUUUUAUGAAAAUAUCUCAGUUGUAAAAAUAAAGUCCUGGGUUAAAGA